GUGCAAACAACAACAAUGCAUUCCAUCACAGGCUCUGUCCUCAGAACCACACGAGUCGUCCAAGGCUUCAGCAGGCUGCUCCACUACUCUCCAGUCACCAAAAUGCCAAUUCAGGUUGGAGAAUCUCUUCCUGCAGUGGAGGUGCAGGAGGGCGAGCCGGGAAACAAGGUGAUGAUGGAUCAGCUCUUCAAGGGGAAGAAGGGCAUUCUGUUUGCUGUUCCUGGGGCGUUCACUCCUGGCUGCUCCAAGACCCACCUGCCCGGCUUUGUGCAGCAAGCUGAGGACUUGAGGAAUAAGGGUAUCCAGGAGGUUGCAUGCAUUUCUGUCAACGAUGCGUUUGUCAUGGCUGCUUGGGGAAAAGAGCACGGAGCAGAUGGCAAGGUUCGAAUGUUGGCUGAUCCUGCUGGAAACUUCACUAAGGCGGUCGACCUUGUUCUUGACAGUGAUAAGAUUUUGCAGGCUCUUGGUAACAAGCGCUCCAAGAGGUAUGCGAUGCUGGUGGAAGACGGAGUGGUGAAGAAGCUGAGCGUAGAGCCCGAUGGCACUGGGCUGACCUGCAGUCUCGCCUCCAACAUUCUAGCCGAGCUGUAGGCUUAUGGUGAGCUUAUUGACCCGAUCAACUCACCCUGAGUUACUGUGAAAGUUGCAACGAUAAAACCUCCUGCAGCCUGAUCACGUUUACCCAACAUGGAUGCAGUUGCCAUGUGGAUGCYAGUAUCAGGUGGAAGAUUAUUAAUGCGCACAAUUGUGAUAAGUAUUACAAAUAUAAGCUUGUUUGUCUUGGUUUACUGUUACAAAUGAGUGAAUAAAAUGUGUUCAAAAAUCAAUAUUUUCAUUGUAGUGUAACCCCCAUUUCACCUCACCUCAUCUCACCACUGGUUGACCUUUGACCGCCUGAGGUCAAAGCUCCCCUCUCCCAGACUGAACAGUUUCAGUCCUCACUGAGGGCUUCAAAAAAAUAAACCUUUCACUGAUAAAAACAAAUUAAAACAAACACUCUGUCUGUUAUUGCUGUCCUUUAAACAUGUAUAAUUCAAAUGCUUAAACCUGUUAAAAUGUGUUUGACUUUUGUCUUUUCUUUUUAAGGGCUCUCUAGUAAUAGUUAUUUUAUAACUUGGCAUUUGUGUUUUGAACAUGUUAGAAGUUUGAAUUAGUGAUAACAAUAUAUUUUAAUCAAUGCUUAUAUUUUUAUCUGUUCACUUCUGUUUUUAAUAAGCAUUACUCGAUCAUUUUAUUAGUUUACUAAUAACAGUUCAUAAUUAAUCAUUAGUUAAUUGAAAUAUUAACCUAAUGGUCUUUAAGAGUUGAGUUAGUCCUGCUCAUAGAUGUUGGUGUGCUGGUUUUGAUGUUCAGCCUUGGGUCUCCACACACAAAGACACACACAAAGACACACACAAAGACACGCACACACACGCAGUUCUCAUGAGAACACCACCAAACGCUUAGACACCUGCAGAUAACGUUCUCCGUCCUGUUUUUAAAACCUUUCUGUCACUUCCUGUUCGUCUGUCUGCCCUGCUGGGCUCUGACGCCGGUCGUCUGCCCAGCUGCCUCGUCUUUUUCCUGUACUGGGAACCACUAGGUUUUCCAGUUGCUUCUGCAGCAUAAUUUUUUCUCUGUCUUACAAGGAAAUAGGCUUUUUGGUGGCUUACCAUUUUUUGUGUUGUCUGCUCCGCCUGAAACCUGGAGCCAUCAUCUUUGCUGUGAGUUUUUCAUAGUUCCUGGUGGACCUGUCGGCCCUGAACCGCUGCCUCACUGCUGAUAUGUCCCGAGUCCGUGAAAAGGGAUCUGUUUUACCCAUUCGUCUGACCAAGAGAGGCCUCGGUCUAUGCUGUCCGAUGAGCAUCUGCCUGGAGCUCAACGUCUGGUCUUGUUUUGAAAGGUCCCAGGCCCACAGCUCACAACUGAAACAUAAUUUAGAACCUUAAAAGACUUAUUUGUUGUCUGUCGUCUCUCUAUUUGUCUCUCCCAUUCUUUCCCUCAUACAUUCACACACACAUUUACACACACACUGACCCUGAUUGUAUAUAAAAUAAUCUGCUUUUGCUUAGACAAUACUUUUAGACAAACUGCUUAAAAGUAGAAUAGCAUUGUAGUGAGAGCUCAUUUAUUGUUUGAUUGUUGUAACCACAUAUUAACCACUCAAUAUUACUCUCUUUAAUAAAAGUCAGUUUUUAACUGGCCAAAAAAUAAA